AUGGACACCAUGGAAUCAACUCUAGACAACACGACGCUCUCUACGAUAUCUCUCCUCGAAGCGCGACUCUUGCGCAUUGAGCAUUUACUAUAUGGCCACACAGCUCAGCAACCCAAAGUAUCGGCCAUAAGAAGUAUGCAAGAGCUGGAGCACCGGUUUGCGACUCUCCUCCAACGAAUGCGCGUUUAUGCCGAGCUUCUUAAACUCUAUAAAUCCCAGCCAACUCUCUUCCAACCACCAUCACCGUCCCAACUACCCUCCGAACUCUCCCCUGAGGCCUUGCGCGCUAUUGUUCUCGCCGCUGCGUCUUCAUUCCCGGCUACAGCUUCCGCACUCACGGCCAUAUCCGACACGCCGAUUCCAGACCCGGCGCACACGGCUACUCUAGCUGCUCUAUUACCAAAGAUGAAGGGAAUCGAAGCGACACAGAUAGCACAGGCGGCUGAGAUUGCGGAGCUGAGAGCCCGCAGCGAGGUUGUCGUGCGCCGGUGGUACGAGCAUAAUGUUAUGAGCUACUCGAACUUUGUGGCAGGCGUUGAGAGCCGUGUUGAGAAUGCCGAGCGCGUCAUAAGAAGAGUAGAAAGGGCAAGAAAUGAGGUUUGA